AUGAGUGCGUUGGACAAGAUAGUGGUUGGCGAACUCUACGAUGCUAAUUUUGACCGAGACAUUGUCGAAUUGCGCAAACAUGCUAAAAUAAAGUUACAUGUAUUCAAUAACUUAAGUCCUGCGGAAGAGAUUAAGAAAGAACAGCUAACCAGAGGCCUCUUGGGAAGCUAGGGGAAAUUUUGUAGUUGAAUCUUUCUUCUACUGCAAAUACGGCAAAAGAUACACAUUGGUGAUAACGUUGCGAUCAAUUACAAAUCUGGUUAUUCUGGACGGUGCAGACGUCCACAUCGGAAACCGUGUUUUUAUAGCUCCCUAUGUUGGUUUAUACACUGCGGGCCACCCAAUAGAUACACUAAGACGUGAACAAGGACUUCAGUACGCCAUGCUUAUAAUAAUUGAGAAUAUCGUGUAGAUUGGAUCCGGUGCUCCUAUUAUUCCUGGAGUGAAUGUUGGGAGAUUUUUUGUUUAGCUGCAGAAAGUGUGGUGAUAGGAGAAACCCCUGCAAAGGAACUAUUAAUAGUACACUAUUGGCUUUUUGAACCUUUAUCUCAACAGGAUAUCGGUGAGGUUGUUCGCAACGGCAUCAAUGCAUAUAACAUAUCAUUGUAUUGA